AGAUCUCCCCCUUCCCUCUCGCCCUCAUGAAAGCCGCGAGAUCGCACCUUUCGAAUCGUUUAGCCGCCAAUUCCACGCCCAGAGCGCAGGCGUCCCCGGACUUCCAGACAGGAUAACGGUCAGGAGGAAGAACUCCCCGCGAGGGGCUCCCUUUGCCAAUCCGAAGUUACCCCGAGCCCCAGUAUACGUUAUAAAGUACCCGGCUGGUCGCGCGACGCUCACGGGAGCUCCUCCUUUCGCGACCUCUCACGCACGCUUUACGGCCUAUCUGCAGCUAUGCUCCCACCCGAUUUCGACAUCGAUGAGGUUCUCUCCAAGCUUUCCGUCUCGCAGAAGGUGAAGCUGCUCUGUGGCAAGGGAUGGUGGCAUACAGAACCCAUUCCCGAAGUAGGGGUACCCUCUAUGCGAAUGAGCGACGGACCCAAUGGUGUACGCGGGACGCGAUUCUUCAAUGGCGUUCCUUCGAGCGCGUUCCCCUCAUCCACCGGUCUUGGCUCCUCCUUCGACAUCGACCUCGCCGAGGAAGUAGGCAAAGCCUUAGCGGACGAGUGUCGCGCCAAAGGCUGCCACAUCCUCCUCGGGCCUACCGUCAACACCCAACGCUCUCCUCUCGGCGGUCGUGGCUUCGAGAGCUUCUCAGAGGACCCAGUCCUCAACGGCACAAUUGCUGCCGCAUACAUCAAUGGUCUGCAAUCGAAGGGCGUCAGCGCGACCAUCAAGCACUUUGUUGCGAAUGACCAGGAGUUUGAAAGGUUCUCCAUCAGCGCCGACGUCAGCGAGCGCGCAUUGCGCGAAAUCUACUUGAAGCCCUUCCAGAUUGCGCUAAAGAAGGGGAACCCAUGGGCCUUCAUGUCUUCGUACAACCGGGUCAAUGGCUUGCACGUAUCUGAGGACAAGCGCCUUCUGAAUGACGUGCUUCGCAAGGAAUGGGGCUUCGACGGCCUCAUCAUGAGUGACUGGAUUGGCGUAUAUUCGACUACUGCGAGUAUCAAGGCUGGUCUUGACCUUGAGAUGCCUGGUCCGACCGCUAUGCGGGGACGCGCUAUUGAACGUGCGAUGGCAGGCGGCAAGCUCGACGUCAGCGACCUUGACUUCUGCGUCCGCCACAUCCUCGGCCUCCUCAAGCGCGCCUACGCCUCCGGCAUCCCCUUCGACGGCCCCGAAGAAGGCCUCGAUACCCCCGAGGUCCGCGCCCUCCUCCGCCGCGCCUCCGCCGACGCCACCGUCCUCCUCAAGAACGACAAGGGCGUCCUCCCCCUCAAGCCGUCCACCAAAUCCAUCGCCGUCAUCGGCCCGAACGCCAAGUACGCCAUGACCUCCGGCGGCGGGUCCGCGCGGCUCUUGUCUACCUACACCAUCUCCCCGCUCGAGGGCAUCGAGGGCGAGGCGAAGAAGAUCGGCGCGGAGGUGCGGUACAAGAUCGGGGCGACGAGCCAUAAGUAUCUUCCGUUGCUGGAUGGGUAUAUCAAGCAGGCGAAUGGGGAGCCGGGCGCGCUUGUGGAGUUUUGGAACGAGGAGCCGUCGGAGGAUUUCACGUCGGUGCAGGCGAACUUGAGCUCGAGUAUGAAGCCGGCGGUGUGGAGCACGCCGACGAAGAGCACGACCUGCUUCCUUAUGGAUGGGAUUGACGCAUCGAAAGUCAACUACAAGUGCUGGAUUCGGUUCAGCACCAAAUUUACCCCCGACGAAUCCGGCGACUGGGACUUCGGCCUCAACCUCGCCGGCCGCGGGAACCUCUUCCUCGACGGCAAGCUCGUCAUUGACCUCUCCACCAACCCCGAGCUCGGCGAGGCCUUCUUCGGCCUCGGCACCGUCGACGUCAAGACCACCGUCAAGGGCCUCAAGGCCGGCCAGACGUACGAUCUGGAGAUCAGGAUCAAUAGCGCGGACUUCCAGGCAAGGAGCAGCCCAUUCGAGUGUUAUGGGGGGAUUAGGUUGGGCGCGAUGCCGUCGACGGAUCCGGAGGUGGCGAUUAGGGAGGCGGUGGAGGUGGCGAAGGCGUCGGAUGUUGCGUUGUUGAUCAUCGGGUUAAACCAUGACUGGGAAAGCGAAGGAUUCGAUCGUCAGGACAUGAAGCUGCCGGGCCUCACGAAUCGCCUGGUUUCCGAGGUUCUCAAGGCCAAUCCCAACACCGUAGUGGUCAACCAGUCGGGCACGCCGGUCGAGAUGCCGUGGAUUGAUGAGGCGCAUACUUUGCUGCAGGCGUUCUACGGCGGAAACGAAGUUGGCACGGGUCUGGCGGACGUACUGUUCGGCAAUGUCAACCCUUCUGGGAAGUUGGCGCUGACGUUCCCGAAACGUCUUGAGGAUAGCCCCUCUCACCUUUUCUUCGGCAAUCAGGGCGAGACGCCCGGUCGGGUGCUCUACAACGAGGGUAUCUACGUCGGCUACCGUGGCUUCGAGAAGCGUGACCUCGCACCUCUUUUCCCCUUCGGCUAUGGGAUAACCUACUCUUCCUUCGAAUACUCCGACCUCUCCCUCUCGCCGCUAUCCGACAAGGGCGACUUGACGGUCACUUUCAAGAUCAAGAACACCAGCGGCAUCGCUGGCCGCGAGGUUGCGCAGGUCUACGUGACUGACCCGGAGUCGACGGCCCCGAGGCCAGCGAAGGAGCUCAAGGGCUUCACGAAGGUGGCACUGCAGCUGGGCGAGACGAAGACGGCGACGGUGGCGCUGGACAAGGAUGCGUUCAGCUACUAUGACGAGAGGAAGGCGGCUUGGGUGGCGGAGAAGGGGAAGUUUGGCAUCUGGGUCGGCGCGAGCUCGGCGGAUAUCAAGUUGAAGGGGGAGGCUGAGUUGAAGAAGACGUUCACCUGGACGGGCCUGUAAAGACAAAGUGUCAUUGUGUGUAUCUGUAUGUAACUAUCGCCUGUACAAGUAUCGAUUGAAGAACCUCCGUGUAUGCAGUUCAUGGUCGCUUUCUCUUCAUAUUGCGGUGUUUUGGUU